CUGUAGGAAUACCGAUGUAAACAAACACAAAUACACUCUGCGCAUGCGUUUCGGGAAUAAUGGAGGACAGUAUCUUUUCACCGUAGUGAUGAUGUCUGUUUCUGCUCUGUCUUUUACAAUCUGACGAAAACUCCUCAUUCUGCACUUCAGCGUUUAGCUGAUGUAGCUAAAGUCCCAAGAUGACCACAGACACGCCAGCCCAGAACCUGGGUCCUGGGGUGAUGACAUUCUCCCCCUCCAAAGAAGAAUUUAAGGACUUUGUCCAAUAUGUGGCCUACAUGGAGUCACAAGGAGCACACAGAGCUGGGAUGGCUAAAAUUAUUCCCCCUAAAGGCUGGAAACCCAGAAAGUCCUAUGACAACGUGGAUGACCUGGUGAUUCCUGCUCCAAUUCAGCAGGUGGUUACCGGUCAGUCGGGACUGUUCACACAGUACAACAUCCAGAAGAAGCCAAUGACUGUACACGAGUUUCGCAAGACCUCCAGCUUAGAAAAGUUUUGCAGUCCCAGAUAUGUGGAUUUCGAUGACCUUGAGAGAAAGUUUUGGAAGAACCUGACCAUUAAUCCUCCUCUUUAUGGUGCUGAUGUCAGUGGGACGCUGUAUGACCCAGAUGUGACAGAGUGGAACAUCAGUUGCCUUAACACCAUCCUGGAUACUGUGGAGAACGAAAGUGGCGUCAAGAUUAAAGGAGUCAACACGCCGUACCUCUACUUUGGGAUGUGGAAGAGUGCUUUUGCCUGGCACACAGAGGAUAUGGAUCUGUAUAGCAUUAACUACUUACACUAUGGAGAGCCUAAGUCAUGGUAUGUUGUUCCUCCCGAGCACGGGAAAAGGCUGGAGCGGCUUGCUAAAGGUUUUUUUCCAGGAAAUGCCCAGAACUGUGAAGCGUUCUUACGCCACAAGAUGACUUUAAUUUCACCGUCAAUUCUGAAGAAAUUCAGUGUACCAUUUCAAAAGGUCACCCAGGAGGCCGGGCAGUUCAUCAUAACGUUCCCGUUUGCCUAUCAUGCCGGUUUCAACCAUGGCUUCAACUGUGCUGAAUCCACCAAUUUUGCCACACAUCGUUGGAUCGAUUAUGGAAAACAGGCAUCACUGUGCUCAUGUCGUCAGGACAUGGUGAGGAUAUCCAUGGAUGUGUUUGUGCGCAAGUUUCAGCCUGACCGUUACAAAUUGUGGAAAGCAGGGAAGGACAACAGUCCCAUCAACCACUCAAAGCCCACUUCAGAGGCUUCUGAGUUCCUCAUAAAAGAUGGGAGGAAGCUUUCUAAAGAGAUUCCUGCUGAAACUUCAUCUGAGGAGCCGGCUGUGCCAAUCCAGGAAGACAUAAGUCCCAACUCCGGGACAGAGUGUCGGCGUCGAGUUUUCAAGUCCUCAGAAGAAGUCCAGUCAGAUGUGAAGGAGACGGAGGAGGUGGAGUUGAAGAAGGCCACGCUGACGAGCAAAGAGUCUUCUACAAAAUCUACUGACAAGCAAGACACAGCCAGACCCAAGGAAGAAUCUCCAAAGGAGCAGGACACUAAGUCACAGUCCCAAUCUCAGUCUAAGGCCACCAACAAGAAGAGAAGACAGAGCAAUUCCAAAAAAGAGAAGAAUGUCUCUGCAGCUGCAGACACCAGUCCCCUGGAGCCUGUCGAGAGAACGGUGGUGGUUCUGAGUUCCGAGGAGCCAGGAGUUCGCGUGGAUCCUCCUGUGGAAGCCAAGGGUGGCCCAAUGCAAAACGUAUUCCAGAGGACACUGAGCCCUGCCGAUGUCCUUCAUGUCCAUAGCUAUGCCAAAGGAGACUAUGGAGAAGACGUCCCACCAAAGGAGGAGGAGAAGAGCGGAGGCGGUGACAGUGAGAAGGAGAAGGAUAUUAAGUGUGUCAGCAAAGUUCAGGUCACAGAAGCAUUAGCUGCUGAAGGAGAGCCUGAGAGGGAACUGAUGCAGUUGACAGACCACAGCCCUCUCAUGGAGGAUGGAACAAGUGUCAAAGAGGCUCUGGAGGAGCUUCCCCCAGUGGAGGAGGGGGGGUUGGAAGUGGAAAACUGGGCUAAGCCUCUGGCACACCUUUGGAACAGCAGACCUCCCAAUCUUAAAAAGGAGAAGGAGUACAAUCAACGUAUGGGCUCCAAACCUCCUUACUGCUCCAUCUGCAUGCUGUUCCACACAUACCAGCAGACGAAGUACGUGAACAGCGUGGGCAGUCCUGUGGUGUUGGCUGGCGGGUGGAUGAGGACCAAGCCUCUGAUUCCAGAAUCGUGCUUCACCACCACCACAGAAGAGGACGCUGAAUGUGAAGAGCAACCGAUCAAACCCUAUCUGGAGGACGAUGGAAGCAGCCUCCUCAUCAGCUGCUCACAGUGCAGUGUUUGGGUCCACAUCAGCUGCUAUGGUGUGGAUCCAGCCAGUGUGAGCAAGGAGUGGAAGUGUUCCCGCUGUAAGGCCAACGCCAUGACUGAGACCUGCUGCCUGUGUUCUCUAAGGGGUGGAGCCUUGCAUAAAACAACCAAUGACAAGUGGGUACACGUGCUGUGUGCAGUGGCUGUACUGGAGGCGCGGUUUGUUAACAUCACUAAAAGGAGUCCUGUGGAUCUGAGUGGAAUUCCUCUGCAGAGAUUUAAAUUGAAAUGUUACUAUUGUAAAAAGCGGAUGAAGAAGGCCUCUGGCUGCUGUGUGCAGUGCUCUCACGGCCGCUGCCCCACUGCCUAUCACCCCACCUGCGCCCAGGCUGCUGGAGUGCUGAUGCAGCCAGACGAGUGGCCCUUUGUCGUCCAUGUCACCUGCUGUCGACACAAAGGCCCCACUCAGACUGAGCGUAAUAAAGCAGCCAUGCAUGAGCUGACUGUGGGACAGAAAGUCAUAUGCAAGCACAAGAACGGCCGCUACUAUCAGUGUGAUGUGGUGCAGCUGUCUAAAGAGACCUUCUAUGAAGUGAACUUUGACGAUGGGUCCUUCAGUGAUAACCUUUUCCCAGAAGACAUUGUGAGUCGGGACUGCACCCAGCUCGGACCUCCUCCCCAGGGAGACGAGGUUCAGGUGCGGUGGACAGACGGACUGGUGUAUGGGGCCAAAUUUGUAGCAGCUCAUGUUAUUCAGAUGUACCUGGUGGAAUUUGAAGAUGGGUCACAGCUAACUACCAAGAGAGAUGAUGUCUACACUCUGGAUGAAGAACUCCCCAAGAGAGUCAAAUCCAGACUGUCCAAAGCGUCAGACAUGAGAUUUGAUGGGAUUUUUGAAGAAAACGAGAUUAUCCAGGAGUCUAAGAGACAAAGAGUGAUCAACUCGCGUUACAGGGGGGAUUACAUUGAGCCUGUGAUUUACAGAGCCAUCAUGGAGUGAACACUCUGUCUCCGCACUAGCAGCACUGAUAGACUGAACUGUGCUACAGCACCUUAACUGAGCAGCCAGCCUCAGAGUGUAGCGCCACAGGACUUCUUAAAGGAACAGCAGUGGGCUCUUCUCCUUUUUACUUUCACACGUCUCUCCAUCAAAAGGAGUCCAUUAGCCUUUCUUUUUGUUUUGUCGGUAAAACAUUUUCUAUGUAGUUUGCUUCAAAUGACUCAGCAGAAUUUAUGGUAGCCGACUCCCAGCCCCCUCAGCGCCCCCAUCCUCUAAAAGGAUGCACUGGUCCAGGUGAAACGUUGCCUGUCACCAUGGAGAUCAGCAUCAGCUGCCCCGUGACCCUGAACAGGAACCGGAGGAUGAAGAAGGUGGUAGAGUGGAUGGAUGGAAUCGACUGAACUAUAUUCUCCGGUUGUCUGAAACCAGUGUCUCUUCACUAAACAUUUCCAGAUCUUAGCCUAACUUUAAAUAAUUGAUCAGCUUUAUUUUAGCUGCAUUGCUCCAGGUGUUUUGCUGCUGAUCUCUGAUACCUAAAUUGAAGUUUCCCCCCCUAUCUUUAAUUCAGACCUAAGUUUUAUGUUGCUGUUUUUAGCAAAGGUGUUGGGUUUGGUUAUAGACUCUGUCAGCCAUGCAUCUAACAUUGUUUACCUGUGUUUUUAUAUUGUCAUGAAGGAACAUGCUUAGUUUCAUAUUUAUUCAGCUGCAGAAAUCCUCAGCCUCUCUGAACAGAAUGAAACAUCUGGUUCCACAAGAGUUUUCUCAUAUGACUUUAAUUAUUCACAUUGUGUGUGCAUGCAUGCGUGAGUGUGCGAGAGAGAUAAAGAGGAGGCAAUGCUCCAUUCGUGAUUAGCUCAGUUAGCACAUCCAACAUGUUCCAGGAGAGAAAAAGGCAGAAAAGCUAAAAUGAUACAACCGAGCUCCGUCUCUGUGGCUCAGUGGGCCUUCCGUUUAUCGGCUGACGUUUGCCUGCCUCUCUCUCGGUGUGUUGCACUUACUUUACCUCUCAGUUGUUUUUCCUUUUAAAAUCAAACAUGUUAAAUAGCUUCCAUGUUAACCACCGCCAGCAAUAACAUUUUUCUCAAACAAGCUGAGCGAGCAGACGGCCACUCUAGCUGCACAUUAACACGAAAACACAUGUUUAUAUGUAUGAAACCUGAUUUAUGUAAACAUCUGGCUGCUGGCCUUGACCCAGAAUAGUCCAGCAUUAAUGUUGGAUUGGAGUGCGUCCAACUGUUCUGUCCUAUUUUUAGAUAAAGCUUGGCCUGUAAUAAAGUAUAUUGUUAAUGUAGUUUUAGAUUUUGCUAAAUGUUUAUAUGAUUUUUUCGUGUCCGACAUUUUAUUCUUGUCCAUUUUCUUCCUCUGCACUCUUGUAAGUUAUUUUUGGAGACCAGUUUAGUUGAACUCAUUCCAGCAUUAAGUGGAAUAUUGAAGUUUCUUGUUUGUUUUUUCUUUAAACAAAGGAGCGAUCCAGUUGGAUCCAGUGAAUAUUUUAAACAUUUUGCCUGAACAUGAUGUGUUACUUCAGUCAAAUCUUCUAAUUUGGUUAAAAAAAACAGAGUUUUCUGUAAAAGUGUUGGGUUGGAUGUGCUUUAGAGAACAAAAACAAGGAUAUUUUGUUGAUUUGGUGUCUUUAAGUUUACCCUGUGAAGCACGCGCGCACACAUGUGUAUGCUGCCUGAUAAAUCAGGCUUCAGAGCUGAUUUGUAGUUUUUUUCUUUAAUAGUUCUGUACAGAUUCUGGAUGCUAAAUUAGAAAAACCUUCCAGAACAUAAAAAUGCUUCCCAGAAACAUUUAUCAUUGUGCUGAUGCUGAUGAAGCUCCGUUUGUUGGAUUGUUGAUGCUCAGAAGGACACUAAGAUAAAUAAAGGAAGACAUCUGUAGGGAGCUACCAGCCUCCGAUUGUCUCUUGUUUUGUGUAAAUUAAAAAAUGAAAACACUGGCAGCUAUUUUUCUAAACAAAGCAACUGGUAGAUUUUUUUUUACACUGCAAUUUUUCUUCUGUAACGCAGCUUCGGUACCUGAGGAUCUGUGCUUUAUCUAACCAGGAUGUUUUUGUUACCUUUAAAAUGUAUUCGUUUUUCAAGCCGUUUUAAAUGUUUUCCCAGUUUUUAUGUAAAAAGGGGUCAUUUUUAGCAAUUACUGAAAAACAGCAGAAACGUUUAGAUUUAAUUGAACCAUGAAUGAGAUGAGAAAACUCCGCGGACAUUCUGCCUUUUCCUAACUUAAAUGCAGCAGUAAAGAGUUAUUUGUGAGGAUGGCAUUUUAACGUUUGUAUGAAUAUUUUUGAAGGCUGCUGGGAAUUUUUACACAAAAUUCUUUACCAAGGUUUAGUUGAACUGAACGGACUGGAGCUUUACCAGUGGUGGAUGAACAAGCUGAAGCUUAUUUUAUUAGCUUUUUGUGCUUUAAGUGAAUGUUAAUCUAUGCUGGAGAAAUUAAACAUUAUUUUCUUUUUAAAUAAUCUCUCAUCCCUGCUCGUAGACUCCGCUUCAGUCUGUCCAGAGGCUCAUGGGUUCUACCGGUGGAUAUAAUCUACACUUUAAGGAAGGCUGUGCCAUUUGUUGCUUUUAUGAACCAGAUCCCUUCACUGACCUGAGUGAGUCCUUUACAUGUUCCUGUUUAAUCCGUCCUACCCAGCAGUGCUGUAAGACCUGAAAGUCUGCAGUGUCAUAAUGACUCAGAUUUUAAUUUUCUUACCAGCUGUCAGUCGUCUAAAUUAGCUUGCUGCACUUUUAUUUAGACAAAAGUAGUGGUAGUGAUGUUUAUUUGACAUGGACACAGCAAUUACAUUGUACGAACCAGAUGCAUUGUUUAGUGUGUUAGCACACGUGCUAAUUUGCAACACUUAUCCAUAGAACCUUUCUAAAAAGUAGAGUACAUUUAAAUAAAAUACAAAGAGACCAACAAUAAAUCAAACAGAAAACAGAUUAAAAUUGCAAACAAUUUUCAAUAAAAAAGAAUAAAAAGAAUAAAACAAGGCAAUUUGAGCAGCAAUGUAAGACUUUAAAACUAUUAAAGUAAUGUUUGACGUCUUCUGUGCUGCGGUUGGUAAUUUGUAAAGAAACUAACAGAAUAUCUAAAGUUCAGAAGCCCUGCUUUCAUGAUUUGGUUUCAUCAUAAGACUAACAGACCUGUGAAGGGACGGGGUAUUUUUCUAUUUGGUUUUUUUCUGUUUUGUAAAUGAUGUUUGGCGUAUCUUUACAGAACCCUAUGUAAUGUAAAUGUCCUGUAGUCUAAUGUAAACUGUUGAUCUUGUACUGGCAUCCUGAAACAAAUAAAAUAAUUUUUAGCUUA